CGCAGCCCCCCAGCCCAGCCUCAUCCCGCUGCCUCCCGCAGCUCCGCCGUGAUCCUGGGGUUUCAUUUCCCUCACACAGCAGCUCCGAGCUGGGCUCAGCGCUGGCGCAAUGAGAACUACGAGAGGCCCGUGGACCUGGAGGGCUCCGGGGACGAUGAUCCCUUUGGAGAAGAUGAGCUGGACGACAUCUACUCUGGCUCUGGCUCGGGGUAUUUCGAGCCGGAACUGGGGCUGGACACGGCCGUGAGCCUGACCACGGACACACUGGUGACACUGCCCACCACAGCGGCCGUGCUGCCUGUCACCGCCGCCCAGCCCGUGGCAACGCCCCUGGAGCCGUCCCCCACUCCCCAGGACACNGCCACCACGCGGGCCACCACCCUGGAGACCCCCACCACGCCCGUCCCUGACACCAGCACCCCGACAGAGGUGGCCACGUCACGCCUUGUCCCCAGCAGCACGGCCAAGCCCAGGGCUCUGCCAAAGCCCAGCACCUCCAGGACUGCAGAGCUCCCCGAGAAAAGCACGGCCUUGCCGCCCGUGGCCACCACGCUGCCGCCCACCGAGGCCCCCCAGAUGGAGCCAGGGGAGGUGACAGCAGUCCCUGAGAAUGAGCUGGAGGUGCCGGCCAGCAGCGGCCCCAGUGGGGACUUUGAGAUCCGGGAGGAGGAGGAGACGACUCGUCCCGACCUCAGGAACGAGGUGAUGGCUGUGGUGACGCCGCCGGCAGGGCCGGGGCCCGGCAGGAAUGUGGAGACGGGGCUGAUGGACAACACGAUAGACUCGGGCAACUCGGCUGCUCAGCUGCCCCAGAAGAACAUCCUGGAGAGGAAGGAGGUGUUGAUAGCGGUGAUCGUGGGGGGCGUGGUGGGCGCCCUUUUCGCCGCCUUCCUGGUGAUGCUGCUCAUCUACCGCAUGAAGAAGAAGGACGAGGGCAGCUACACCCUGGAGGAGCCCAAGCAGGCCAACGUCACCUACCAGAAGCCCGACAAGCAGGAGGAGUUCUAUGCGUAGACGGAGAGCCCAGAGUGCCUCACGCUUCCUCCCUCCCCACUUCCCCGCUCCAAACCCUCCCCCUCCUCCCCUCCAUCCAGUCUCUCUCUUUUUCCCUCCCCCCCUCACUUUUUUUGGGAUCAGACUGUGAAUUCACAAAGCAAAACCCGCAGCGGCUGAAGGAGGAAACGCGUCCUUGGCCUGGGGAGCGGCGCCGAGGUCGCAGCGAGCACCGCUGGCCUUUCUGCUGGCGGGAGGGACGGGACACGGAGCCCAUGCCAAGGAGCCCAUGCCAGGGCAGCCAGGAAUUCUCCAGGAAUUCUCCAGGAAUGCCCUGGAGAGCACAGGAUGGGCUGCCCACGGCGCCUGGAGCUCGACAGGACUUUUCCCACCACCACCACCACAAACUCUGGGAUCCGGACACCUCCUGCCAGCCCUGGGGCACAGGGAGAUUCCUUUGGA